AGUACGACCAGAAAGACCAUCACAGGGAAAGAGGCUACAAAGGGCUCCUGUUAUUCUGGUGACAGGCGCCAGGAAUAUUUUGGCAUUCUAACCUCUAUUGUCUCCGCCGAGGAGAAUGAACAGUCUAUAUCACUCAGCGGUAUGAUACUCCUUGUAAUCUUGUUCGAAGACAAACGCACUCAACGAUUUAUUCAGGCUUUUGACCUUCAACUAGCGCAGGAGCUGAUACGUGGAGGACGGUCCAUCACACUCGUGAACAUGCCAGUCUCCUUCACCGAUAGAGGUUUCACGCUCCUUUCUGAUGGCGCCUGUUGCGAGGAAGCUACAUCUCAAACACAGGGACGUAUCGCAUAUUUCUCUCAAAAUGAACCAGGUUUCAUGGAUAACGAUGCCCGUGGAUUCCAUAAAAAUGCGGAAUACGGUUAA